AGUUAGGCCCAGCUGAGGCAGAGAGUAGGGGAGAGUUCUGCCCACCUCUGCCCCCCACUGCCCACCCCUCACCAGCUGGAUUUAGAAGUCUGGACAUCGGGGGGCUGGGGACUGGGGUGUCCAGGGCUCCAGCAGAAAGCCGAGGGCCCCUCCCUUGGGGGGAGGCUCAGCCGAGUACCACCUGGUACUGAUCUCACCCACGUGCCCUUCCACAGGCCCCUCCUGCAGCUAGAGAGGGGAGGCAGUUCUGCGUACAGGUUUUUCUAGCCUCAGACUGUCCAGACAACCUGCCCGACCAGCUCGUCCAUCCAUCUCCAUUCCUCCCGGACCAGGGGUGUGUGUCUGUCUGUUGGGGAGGGGGCUGUGAGCACCUUAGGAAAGAAGGGAGCUAGAUGAGGCCCCUCAGAGCAGACUGAGCCUCCUUCCCAUGGGCCUCCUGCCCCUCCUGCCCAGACCAAGACCCAGCCAGGAGCACAGACGUCACCACCCCUCCUCCAGCCACCAUCAGAAGCUUUGUCCACUGAGGCCAUGGGGCGAGCCCAGGACCCUCACCUCUUGCUGCUUCUGUUACUUAUCAGUAACCACACAGGGACCAGCCUGGAUCACAUCCCGUACACUCCUCAGAUCUCCCCCCUUGCCCUAGAGGGAAAGGUCACUUCAACCACCUUCUCCCUGGACCAGCCGAGAUGCAUCUUCACGGAGCAUGCCAAUUCAACAGAUGCCAUCUGGCUGGUGGUCGCCUUCAGCAAUGCCACCAAGGGUUUCCAGAACCCUAAGACUGCAGCAGAUAUCCCCUCCUACACCAGACUGCCCAUGAGCUUUUACUACAUGACCCUGAAGUUGUCUCCCGACCACUACCCAUGUGAGAAAGAAGACAUUGCUGUUCUCCGUGUGGGCAGUGACACCAGGUGCCUCCAAAACCUAAGUCAGGAGUAUUGUAACGCUCCCCUCCUGGACCCUGGCCCUUACAGAGUGAAGUUUCUUGUGAUGGACAGCAGCACCCAACCCAAGGCCGAGACGAGGUGGUCCGACCCAAUCACCCUCAACCAAGACGGUGCUUCUGUGACUCCAGGGUGGGACCCCCAAAGCAUUGACACGUGGCCCGGCAGGAGAAGCGGCUGCAUGAUCGUCAUUACCUCCAUCCUGUCCGCCUUCGCUGGGCUCCUGCUGCUUGCCUUCUUCAUCGCCUCCACUGUUCAAUUCUCCAGCCUCUGGUGGCCCGAGGAACCACCACCCCCUGAGCAGCUGCACGUGGGCUCCUUCAUUGGCAAACGCUACAUGACGCACCACAUCCCACCCAGUGAGGCGGACACGCUGCCUGUGGGCAGGGGGCCCCACCUGCUCCCCAGCCUUUGCCCAGGACCCAUGGUCUGAAUCUGUCCUCUGUACUAAUGAGUCACCCCCAGCCCUUCCCCAGUGCAUUUUGGCGUGAAUUAAAGAAGGACCCAGACGGGGUCA